AUGUUACUGCGAUCCUACCGUCGUUCUUCCCUCCAACGCCGUCUCCUCCGACUUCUCUUCUACGCCCUUGUCGCCUUCUUUGUCCUUGACCUACUCACUACCCUUAAACACUACCGCGAAUUCACCCGUAACCUACUCACCCACACAUAUACUUCCCCGUCUGUCCUCCCGACGCCGGUCCAAAAUCAAAAGAUCUUCAUCGUUGCGCAAUUCUGGACCAACGCACGCGUCAUCUCCGAGCGAUGGGGUCAGGCUCUUCUCGAUCUGGUAGGAGUGUUGGGAAAGGAGAAUAUCUACGUGAGCAUCUAUGAAUCAGGGAGUCUAGACAACACAAAGGACGUCUUGAAAAUGCUGGACGAUGUGUUGGAGCAGAAUAACAUUCCUCAUCAGACGAUAUUGGAUCCCACCACGCACGCAGACGAAAUCAAUGCCGGUCCGCUCGACGAUCAGGGAAAUCCGCGACAGGGAUGGAUCCAGACCACGAGUGUGGGAACUCAAUGGGGUAAAGAGAUGCGGAGGAUUCCCUACCUCGCUCGCUUACGGAAUACAUCUCUAAAUCCCCUUUUCAGACUCCGUGAUGAACAUGGACAGAGGUUCGACAAGAUCCUUUUUCUCAAUGAUGUCGUCUUCCGCCCGCAGGACGUCCUCACACUCUUGGCCACGAACCAAGGUUCCUUCUCCGCCGCAUGUGCCCUCGAUUUUCAUUUGCCGCCAGCUUAUUACGAUACCUUUGCGCUACGGGACUCCGAAAGGCUGGGCACAAUACAGACGUUCUUCCCCUAUUUUCGCUCUCAAGAGUCUCGCGAGUCCAUGCUCAAGGGUCUCCCCACAAAAGUCACAUCAUGCUGGAAUGGGAUGAUUGUAAUGGACAGCACGCCUUUCUACGACGGACUUCAGUUCCGUGCGCUGAGUGAUAGUCUCGCCAGCAAGCACCUCGAAGCAAGUGAAUGCUGUCUCAUUCACACGGACAUGAACAUCACUUCUCCGGGCUCCGCUGAUCGAAUCUAUGUCAACCCGUCGGUACGUGUUGGAUAUACUGUGGAAGCCUACACCACCACGCAUACAGGUCCCGGCGAAAACUUCGUUUCUGCAACGCAAUACGUGACUGGAGUGUGGACAAACCGUCUUAGAAGAAACAUCUUGCCGCGUGAGACGAAAACUAUGAAAGAAGUUCAAAGGAAGAUGGAAAGGUGGGUCAAGGAAGGAGCGAAUUCUCUGGAGAAGAGGGAAGAGACUGGGGGAUUAUGUGUCAUUGAUGAGCAGCAUAUUUUGAUCUGGAAUGGGUGGAAGCACGUAUAA